GGCAACGAAAAGCUUGUGCUCUACUCCUAGUUUGAAUGCUGGGUUUGCUUAUUUCUAUGGAAUUGUAGGUAUUGCGUGGCUAGCCACUUUGAUCAUUCAGAAAUUAUCAUUAUUGUUUCCUAACUAAGCUUUUCAUUUUUCUCCACGCUUAUAGUAGUAUGUAGGCUACAUUUUAUGCCGUAAUCUUGGCUAAUGUGCAAACGUCUCCGGGUGCUCGCUACAGUUAGCUAGCCAACAAUGUAGCACUACAGUAGGCUAGCGAGAUAAACACUAUCUAACGUUAUAAUUCUAAAGCUCUGGUAGAGAGACUGUAGGGGAUAUCACCAGGGGAUGCACAGCCCCGGCUUGGUGAACAGAAUGACCACGCACAACCUCUGUUGCAUUGUACGGCUAGUUGUUGCUCUGUCUGUACAUUUGGCUCAUGCGGCAACAGACGCAAGUGUCAGUACCGAACUUCCAGCAACAACUCACAACCAGACCCCCGGCUCCUUUAGCCCGUACAACCCAACCCCUGGCCCUUUCAGCCCGACCACCGGCGGGCCCGCGGCGUUCACUUCUGUUUCGCCAAGUGCGUUUGAACCCACGGAUACCGCAGUCACUCAACAGGCGGUUUCUACUGCAACCACCGAUGUGACUCCGUCUAUUGGAACCACCGUGCGAGUCACCGAAUCUCUCCCCCCACCUACCUCCGAGCCAAUAGUGAUGCCAACAGCGUGUUUGUGUGACUUGACCCCCGCUUUCUGUGACAUUGGCUGCUGCUGCGACGUGUUGGACUGCGGAGUACCUGACCUCAGAACCGUCUUCACAGGUUGUGAUGAGAAAGUCAUAUCUGGAGACUGUGUUGAGAAGUGGCUGAUGUUCAGAGCCAACGUGGAUCCAUCCUUCAUCACUGUAACUAACACACUGUUCUGUGUCCAGCUGGUACAAGACAACACCACUGCCCCCCAGUCUGUGCCAGCGCCGUCUCAGAAGCCUGCUGUGUUGGACGCCUUAACGUGGCAGCCCCCGGCACACAGCAGCCUCCUCACCAAACACUUCUACAGGGUUGAUGAUGUCAUCCUGAGCCAGUAUGACGGCAGCUCUGCACGGGGCCUCCUCCGCCAGCCGUCUCCCGGCUCUGCCUCCUCCGCCUGCGUCGACCACAACCCUGCCAGGUUCCUGCGGUCUGAGUCUCUGUCCUGCUCCCGGACCCUGACGCCCCAGAGCUGCAGCUCAGACCCUCGUCUCAACGCACGCUCCUACUUCACCAGCCUCAGCCUCGUCAAGGCUCCGCUUCCUGACUCUGUGGGUGUGUCUGAUAAGCUGAUUCCGGUCGUCCCCCUGUCUGAUUGGCCAGAGCCGGGUGAACAAAAUGGCUCCUGUCUGAAUGUGGUGUCAGAGGUGGAGUAUGUGAUCUGGUUCAGUGGCCGAGGUCAGCUGGUGGAGGCCAAGGUGACGGUGGUCCUGGUGAACAGCAGCUCAGACGGCUCUCUCAUGCAGACUCACGCCGUCCGCUACGAGCUGGACACGCCUCCUCCCAACCCAGAGCCCCGCCCUCCUGUGGGACUUCCUGUGGGGUCUCCUGUGAUUGGCCAGUUUGGUGAAGCAGUCCAGACUCUGACGGUUCAGGGGGCGUCUCCAGGGGGGGGGUGCUCCCCUGACCCCGCCCUCCGCACCCCCAUCCUCUUCACCCACAACACCUUCACCGGCUGCUUCUUCAGCUCCCCCUCCAGGGACUGCUCUGUGCUGCGUGGUCAGCUGUAUGGGCUCCUGCAGGGCCUGGCCUCCCCUGACCUGGUGGUGAUGAACUUCGGCCCGGAGCCGGACUGGGCGCGGGUCAUCACCCAGGCGUGUCCCCAGGCCCCGGAGGGGGAGUCGUGUGAGACAGGCUGCCUGCUCCCCCGCUCCCUCUCCGUGCAGCUGCUGUGGGCCCGGCUGGGCCUCCUGGCCCUGCCUCAGAGCUACAUCCUGGGAGCCAGGUACCAGUUCAGCUGCCAGCAGCUCCAGUGUCCCCUCCUCUCUCCCCUCGCUGUGACCACCGAGGUGACGUUCGUCGACAUCACAGCGUACCCAGAACCCCCCAGGGGCCGCUCCCAGCCGGAGUGGAAGUUUCCGUUCGGCUUCUUCUCCCGGGGGUGGGAGGAGCUGGAUGGACACACGCUGGACAGCGCCGGCGUCCGUGGAGCCGCGUGGAGCCGCGCGGGGGCCAUGCUAACGCUGUGUGUGGUGCUGCACAUGCUAACCAGAUAGUCAAGCACUGUGUGGUUGGUUCUAAACUCCAGACGUCAGGUGGAAGGUAGUGUUUGCAGCAGGAAAGUGUGACUACAGUGCAUUGCUAUAACUCAUUCCUUCAACAUUUUUACAAAUUCUUCUUUUUAUAAAAUUCCUUAAUUUAUUUUUGUACAUGUUCCUAUAAUACAGACUUUGCUUGAU